AUGAAGAUGGAUUACAUGGCCCAAGAAUUAGAUGGUCAUUCUGAAGGGGUUGGACAAUAUAGAUUAAAUUCAUAUUCAGAUUCGUGUGACAAAAUCUACAUACCGCAACUAAGAGAUGACCACAAGCCAAAAUCAGUCCAAGGAUUUGAGUCAUUAGAUGAUGCUCAUGAGUUCUACAAUAAUUAUGCCAAGGAAGCUGGUUUCAGUGUCAGAAUCAAUUAUAGUAGGAAGAAUAAAGAAACUAAUGAAAUCCUACGAAAGGAGUAUGUGUGUUCUAAAGAAGGAGUGCCCGCUAAAGGAGUUGGUGAGAAAAAAAGGCAUAGAGGUAUUACUCGAGAGGGUUGUAAGGGUUGUAAGGAAAAGCUAGCUGUGGUGAAGUCAAAAUCGGGAACCUAUGUAGUCAGCCUAUUUGUGGAGGGUCACAACCACCCAUUAACAAGUCCUAAAAGAGUACACUUGUUAAGGUCUCAUCGUACAGUUUCAAAUUCUCAUAAGUGUAUAACCCAACUAUUUUCAGCAGCAAAUAUACCUACACAUCAACAAUUUAGCCUUCUUGAAAUGCAAGUUGGGGGGAUAGAAAAUGUUGGAUGUCUAGAGAAGGAUAUUUAUAAUAAUGAAAGGAAUUUGCGUAAUGGGUUGAAGGGACAUGAUGCAGAUAUGUUGUAUGAGCAUUUCCAGCUAGAGCACGAAAAGAAUCUGUCCUUCACUUUUAAGAUUGAGGCAGAUGAAGAAGACAGAAUUACUCAUUGUUUUUGGGUUGACACAAAAUCAAGGAAGGCGUACAUGUUUUUUGGAGAUGUGGUUGUGUUUGAUAGUACUUAUAACACUAAUCGGUAUGGUAUGAUAUUUGCACCAUUUGUAGGGGUCAAUAAUCAUGGUCAAACAACAGUGUUUGCUUGUUCAUUCCUAAGUGAUGAGACAACUAAUUCUUUUCUUUGGCUAUUUGAGCAAUUUAAGAAAGCCAUGCCUGGAGGUUCCCCUAAAAUGAUUAUUACUGAUCAAGAUCCAGCAAUGACAAAAGCCAUUGUACAAGCUUUUCCAAAUAUAACUCACAGGUAUUGCAGUUGGCACAUAUCUAAAUUCUCAGAAAGGUUAGGUGGGGUCAAAUAUAGAGAUUAUUUUGAAGAUUUUAGAAAAUGCAUAUGGGAAUCAGAAAGCACUGAAGAGUUUGACUCAAAGUUGAUGAAGAUUGUGGAAAAAAGUGAGUCACAAGAUAAUGAGUGGUUACGGUCAUUAUAUGAAAUUCGUUCAAGUUGGGUUCCUGCAUAUGUGAAUCAUGUUUUUUCAGCCGGAAUGACAAGUAGCCAAUGA